CCAACAUUUAUAUCUUAUUUUCAGAUUCCGCGCUCGGCUCGGUGUUUGUCGAAAAACGCAUCACAUCGAUCUCUCUCCAUCGUCCGUCACUGAAAACCUCUCCGACGAUCGUCCUCCGAUCUGCCACUAGCUAUGGCGGAAUCGUCUGGCACGACGCUGAUGGAUCUGAUCUCCGCGGACCCGACCCCGGUUCCUGCACAAUCUACUUCUUCGUCGGCAUCUUCCACGUCGUCUCACCCGUCUCCUGCAGCUGCAUCGGCGGCUUCGCAUCUGCACCAUCCAAUGUCGACGAAGACGACGCUGGGAGAGAAGAAAUCGAAGAGAGCCACUUUGAUGCAGAUCCAGAACGACACUUUAUCUGUUGCCAAAGCUGCACUAAAUCCUGUUAAGGCCAAUAUCAUGCCGCAAAGGCAGAGACAGAAAAAGAAGCCAGUUUCCUAUACGCAACUUGCAAGGAGCAUUCACGAAUUAGCUGCCACCUUGGAUCAGAAAAGUUCCCAGAAACAACUAGUGAAUCACGUGUUCCCUAAGCUUGCUGUGUACAACUCCGUUGAUCCUUCCCUAGCCCCAUCUCUUCUUAUGCUUAAUCAGCAAUGUGAAGACAGGAAUGUGCUACGCUAUGUCUAUUAUUACUUAGCUAGAAUUUUGUCUGAUACGGGCAUGAGUCCAGGGGGUGGUAUCCCCACUCCUAACUGGGACGCUCUAGCAGAUAUUGAUGCUGGUGGAGGAGUCACAAGAGCUGAUGUUGUUCCUCGGAUAGUGAAUCAGCUGACAUCCGAAGCUUCUAAUUCUGAAGUUGAAUUUCAUGCUCGACGACUGCAAGCUUUAAAAGCUCUGACAUAUUCACCGUCAGGAAAUUCUGAGCUUUUGUCAAAAUUGUAUGAGAUUGUAUUUGGCCUGCUUGAUAAGGUUGCUGAUGUUCCGCAUAAACGAAAGAAAGGCGUCUUUGGGACAAAAGGGGGUGAUAAGGAGUCGAUCAUUCGGAGUAACUUGCAAUAUGCUGCUAUGAGUGCAUUAAGAAGACUUCCUCUUGAUCCAGGAAAUCCACUUUUUCUCCACCGUGCAGCUCAGGGUGUUUCAUUUGCUGAUCCUGUUGCGGUGAGGCACUCGCUGGAAAUUCUAUCUGAGUUAGCCACAAGAGACCCCUAUACAGUUGCAAUGACAUUAGAAAAGCUUGCGUCUCCUGCAGGGGCUUUGCAAGACAUCCUACAUUUGCAUGAUGUGCUUGCCAGGGUUGCCCUGGCUAGGUUAUGUCACAGUAUAUCAAGAGCUCGGGCGUUAGAUGAGAGGCCUGAUAUUAGAUCUCAGUUCAACUCAAUUCUCUAUCAGCUACUCCUAGAUCCAAGCGAAAGGGUAUGCAAUGAGGCGAUUUUGUGCAUUCUGGGAAAAUACGAUAACACCGAAAGGAUGGAUGAGCGUGCUGCUGGGUGGUACCGCUUGACCAGGGAGAUCCUGAAGCUGCCAGAAGCGCCAUCCAAGGAUAAAUCUAAUAAAAACAAGCGCCCACAGCCCCUUAUUAAGCUUGUAAUGAGAAGGUUAGAGAGCUCAUUUCGCAGUUUCUCAAGACCAGUCCUUCAUGCAGCAGCAAGGGUUGUGCAAGAAAUGGGAAAGAGCAGGGCUGCAGCGUUUGCUAUGGGAUUACAGGAUAUUGACGAAACAGUUCACGUAAAUGCUUAUUCUGACGCUCUGGAUGAUGCUGAGACCAAUGACAGUUCUCACCCAGAAGGAAUACGGAGAACAUCAUCUAUAUCCGCAGGGCCUGGUCGCAAUGAAACGAUUGCAAGUUUGCUGGCUUCAUUAAUGGAGGUGGUUCGAACAACAGUAGCAUGCGAGUGCGUGUAUGUCCGGGGAAUGGUUAUCAAAGCAUUGAUAUGGAUGCAAAGUCCCCAUGAAUCUUUGGAUGAAUUGAAAUCAAUCAUUGCCUCAGAGCUUUCUGAUCCUGCUUGGCCCGCAGCUCUAGUUAAUGAUGUUUUGCUUACUUUGCAUGCUCGCUUUAAGGCCACUCCAGAUAUGGCUGUUAUUCUUCUAGAAAUAGCCAGAAUAUUUGCUACCAAAGUUCCAGGGAAAAUUGACGCUGAUGUCUUACAACUGCUCUGGAAGACAUGUCUUGUUGGAGCUGGUUCUGAUGGGAAACACACAGCUCUGGAAGCAGUCACGAUUGUACUCGAUCUACCACCUCCACAGCCAGGAUCUAUGUCAGGAAUGACGUCAAUUGAUAGGGUCUCUGCAUCAGAUCCAAAGUCAGCUCUGGCGCUGCAGAAAUUGGUGCAAGCCGCAGUAUGGUUCCUUGGAGAAAAUGCAAACUACGCCGCUUCAGAAUACGCGUGGGAAUCUGCAACUCCACCGGGCACUGCACUUAUGAUGUUGGAUGCAGAUAAGAUGGUUGCUGCAGCCAGUUCUCGCAAUCCUACUCUAGCUGGUGCAUUAACUCGCCUCCAGAGGUGUGCAUUCAGUGGUAGCUGGGAGGUCCGAAUUGUUGCAGUUCAAGCUCUUACUACGAUAGCCAUUAGAUCUGGUGAACCUUUUAGGCUGCAGAUAUAUGAGUUUUUGCACACCUUGGCGGAGGGUGGUGUACAGUCUCAACUUUCUGAAAUGCACCUGAGUAAUGGGGAAGACCAAGGAGUUAGUGGUACAGGACUUGGAGUUUUAAUAACUCCGAUGUUAAAAGUUCUGGAUGAAAUGUAUGUAGGACAAGACGAAUUAAUCAAGGAAAUACGCAAUCACGAUAAUGCAAACAAAGAAUGGAAGGACGAGGAGCUGAAAAAACUCUACGAGUCCCAUGAGAGGCUGCUAGAUUUUGUUUCCUUGUUUUGCUAUAUUCCAAGAGCCAAGUAUUUACCCCUGGGUCCGAUAAGUGCAAAGCUCAUUGACAUAUACCGCACAAAGCACAAUAUCACGGCAUCUUCUGGGACAACCGAUCCAACUGUUGUUGCGACCGGUAUUUCAGACUUAAUUUAUGAGUCAACUCAGCCUGCCCCUGCUCCCUCAAACUCCAGUGGUCUGGAUGAUGAUCUGGUUAAUGCUUGGGCUGCAAACCUUGGUGAUGAUGGUCUUCUUGGAAACAACGCCCCAGCAAUGAGCAGGGUCAAUGAAUUCAUUGCUGGAGUCGGAACAGAUGCACCAGAUGUCGAGGAGGAGAAUGUCUUCUCUAGACCUUCGGUUGGCUAUGAUGACAUGUGGGCUAAGACUCUUUUAGAAACUAACGACUUGGAGGAAGAAGAUGUGAGAUCAGGUUCAUCGUCUCCGGAUUCUACUGGAUCAGUGGAAAGCUCUAUAUCCUCUCACUUUGGUGGAAUGAAUUACCCAUCAUUGUUCAGUUCAAAGCCUUCCUCACAAUCAACGGCAAAAUCGGGCGGAAGCAAAUACCAGUCAACAUAUGAAGGCUAUGGUUCCCCGAUUAGAGAAGAGCCUCCUCCGCCAUAUUCGUACUCUGAGCCACAAACUCAUCAAUCGUUUGAGAAUCCUCUGGCAGGGUCUGGUUCUCGAAGCUAUGAAUCAGACGAUGAAGAACCUAGGAAAUCUACAGGUACAAGAUUUGGAACAGCGCUCUAUGACUUCACCGCAGGAGGAGACGAUGAGCUAAACUUGACAGCAGAAGAGGAAUUGGAGAUAGAAUAUGAAGUUGAUGGCUGGUUUUACGUAAAGAAGAAAAGGCCUGGCAGAGACGGGAAGAUGGCUGGACUUGUACCUGUUCUUUACGUCAAUCAAUCUUAAUAUUUGUUUUCUUUUUUAGACGUUGAAGCUGAGAUUAUGAACAUCUUAUAGAUGCCCAGAAAUUUUCUGAUCCAUGAUUUGUUUGAGAGGUAAUGUAAAAUCAGUGUACAUGAAUGAAUGUAUUUGUUUGGGGUUUUGAUUCAUGUGUAUGUGUGUGUAUCUCUUUGAACAAUUCUUGUUCCAAUGCUAGUUUUUUAUUCGUCAGCUAAGUGGUUACUAACAAGAACACUUGAGUUUUCUUUUUUUACUCUUUGUUAC